AUGAGCUAUGGUAGUAAUGAGGUCGCUAUACUAAGCUUCAACAGUCUUUGCAAUUUUCGCGGCACGUGGAAUGACCACUGUAGUGAAAUGAAGACUUUGACCACCCAGCGCAUUACGGAAAUGAACAACACGCCCAGCAAUAGCGCCAUUUUUAGUGAUGUCGAGGUAUUCCAUGCUAUCGCUGUAAUGGUCGCGGUCAUAGUGAUCGGGAGCAUCGGGAAUACUCUUGUGAUCUCAGUGCUUUGUCUUAAGAACUUCUCCGUCAAUAGCCGGUGGAAUCAGUACAGACGGCGGAACCAGUCCAAUAUCCCCGAGAACAGCGAAACAGGUGCUUUCGAUCGAGACAAAACUCUAGACUUUUUCAUCCUCGUUUUGGCUGUCUCUGAUCUCCUGGUCUGUGUCGUCAUCAUCCCAUCAACCAUCACUAUGGAGAUCCACCAGUUUCGUAUCAGUGUCGAUGUUCUCUGCAAGCUCUUCUACGUCCUUUUUGUCACCAACACCACCUUCUCCUCCCUGCUCAUCUCCGCAGUGGCGCUCGAUCGGUAUCUCUUUAUAUGCCACUCGCUAAAACACAUUCUCACUCUGAUUCGAGCAAAGAUUCUUGUUUCCACCCUGGCCCUAUUCUCUCUCUGUGUGGGUAUUGCUGCGGGCUGUGUGGUGGGUGUCAAGGCUAUACAUCAUAAUGCAACAGAGGACAAUGUUACAACCAAUUACAUCUGCGAGGAGAAUGAGUACGUUCGAGGGAUUAGUGAGCUUCAAAAGACUGUUUCGCAAAUAAUUAAGUACCUCAACCACGCUUGUUAUCUGGCCUGCAUUCUCAUUGUUCUCAUUCUCUACUCUUGUGUCUUCUGGGCUAUUGUUACCUCAAGAUCUCGUAGUCAAAAACUCACCGUGUCCUCCCAGACAAGCCGACAAAAUGGCCGCAAUUCCAGCCUCCAGGGGAAGUCCACUGCCAAUUCGAGAAUGUCUCGACAACGGAUAGCCAAUCUACCGGCUAAGUUGCGGCAGAAGGCCCAAUUCACCCUACAGAAUCUCCGCUCCGCACUCAUGCUUUUCAUCAUUGCUCUCGUCUACAUUCUUACAUUCGUCCCAUCUCUGGUGAUUGCAAACGGUUGGGCUCCACAAAAUUUAGUGCUUCUCUAUCUCUACUAUGUAAACAGUGCUGCCAAUCCCUGCAUCUACGCCAUCUUUACACCCUCCUUCCGUCAGAUAGUAGCCGUGCUCUUCCGCAACUGUUUCUGCAAGGGUCGAAGCACACAGCCUCCCAUCAGUGGGAGAAACUCAAAACGCUCGGAUCCCGUUGCCACCAUUAAUGCCGGUAUCUCCCACACCAACAGUCGGGCCUUCAGCCGGAUGGGCAGGAAGAAACGGCCGAUUGAGGAGGCCUAUCCCUUUAUUUCGAGGGAGGAGAGAAUGGCUGCCGCUGCCGCUGCCGCCGCCGCCGCAGCAGCGGCGACUGCAACACCCACGGUGUCGAAUAACGAGUCCAAUAUGGAUGCAAGUGAUUUCUGA